CAGAGAGCAAGAGAGAGAAAGACACGAGUGAAAAAACACACCGUGCUGGCAACAACAAAACAGAAACCGAGAUUCUAACAUCACCAGUAUCUUCACUGGGAAUUGUGUAGCCUUUGGAUGUCAGCGUAUACUGCAGACUGACGAAAAAAACAUGAAAACUGAGAGCGUGGACUUUAAUUUAUCUUGCAAACUGACACUUAUAUGGCUCACAGGGACAGCAAACUACAUGUUUUGGAUAACAGGAGCACACAGAGUUUGAUACCUUGGACAGCCGCAAAAAGUCGGCCAGCAUGUCAUCCAACUCCACGGCCAAUUUUCAGUGUGCACAGAAUGACCACCUCUGCAUUGUAUUGCUUCAUAUGCAGGCGGUGAUCAUCGUCCCUACGCUGCUCCUCCUGGGAACCCUGAUCACCUUACUGACCCUGUUCUUACUGAGGUGUGAACCCAAACAUAAGCGGACACAGAUCACAGCCCCUAAACGCUCCCACAGUUCACUGAACAGGCACAGCCACAGACAUCACCUACAAGGCAUUGAUGCUCCCCCAGGGAUAAAUCCACUGGAACAUGAAGAGCUGCCAAUGUCAGUUCAAGAAGUGCAGCAUGCAGUACCUCAGAUGUUCACAGAGAGGCAUCAUGGAGUCUUCAACCAGGUCACUGCCUUGCCAGUGUCCUUCUCAUUCAAGCCUAAUGACACAUCCAGCCUACACAGAGCCAGCAUGGACAAUAGACACGUCAUCCUGAGGGUUCUGAAAGAGACAGCAAACAGCAGUGAGAAACAGCACUUUUUGGGUUUUGCUUCAUUCGUGUCAGGACUGGGGUCGCACCCCUCCCUACCUGAGCUGCUGGGUGUGGUUUCAGUGCAGCCGCCCCUCAUGAUGGUAGUCGAGGAGCUGCAGCACAGGGAUCUGCUGGGGUACCUGUGGAGAUGUCGACAGGAUAACUCGGGUUUAGAGUCUGCUUGUGAAAUGACAGAGAAGAGAAUCUUCACCAUGGCAGGACAAGUGGCCUCUGCUCUGGAGUACCUACACAGUCAGAACUGCAUCCAUGGCAACGUGGGAGCACGCAGCGUUCUGGUUGGUGGAGACCUGACAGCAAAGCUGUGGGGAUUGGGCCCAGCCUAUCACAGGAGAACACAGGCCGUUACACAGGGGCAGGACAUGGAGAUGAGGAAGUGGCAGGCCCCAGAAGUGCUAAGCACAAGAGCCGUCAGCCAGACUAGUGAUGUAUGGUCCUUUGGUUUACUUCUCUAUGAAAUGGUCACACUAGGUGACCCACCAUUUGCCCACAUCGAGGUGAAUGAACUUCUGCAGUAUCUACAGAGAGGAAAGUAUCUCAAACGGCCGGCAACCUGCUCCAAGUCACUGUACUCCAUCAUCAAAGCCUGCAGCAGUUGGCGCCCCGAACAACGUCUCUCAACGUCGGAGCUCAUUAGAACACUUCAGGCGGGAGAGAAAUCAGCCAAUGGGCGCACAGUUCUCAGAGUGCCCGAACCACUGGACUUCGAGAAGUACCUAAGGGAGGCGGGAUAUGAACAGGCAUACGACUAUGCUGUGCUCUGAUUCGCUGAGGAGCUUAUCAGUCUGGACUACAUUGGUUCCGGAGUCUACUGUCUAUGGAGUUAGCAACUCUUUCAGUUCCACGGCUCCCAGGAAGGCUGCGCUCGUGAGUCCUCGCCUAUAGCUCCUCUAAGAUCCCUCCUCGAUGCUAGUUCCUCAGUCCUCGGGGCAGAAAUAAGAGCUUUGAGACGGCUGUCUCUACCCGAUGUAAAUAUAGUGCAGAUGUGAGUCGCGCAUUCUCAGAUUCAAACUGUUUACGACCUAAGGUGUCGUACUGAAAUUUGUGAAAUUCAUAAAUUAAUAAACUUUUCUCAUUACAAACUAUUACGAAAAAUGGAAAUAAUUUUAAAAACAUUUGAGCUAUCUAGGAUUGCUUGAUUGCUUAUGUUAGCUCAAAAGGCCAUUCAACUGUCAGCCUUUGCUGUGUUUGAUGCUAAAUUGUAGCCAACAGUGAACCAACUUGGUUAAAUAAGUCCAUUUUUGCUGUGUUGACAUUACAGAGGUGUCUCGUUAGCAUCUUAUAGGCUACUUGUAGCAAAGUGAUGCAUGCGCGACUAACAUCUGCACUUGACUCACAUCGGGUAGUGGUGCGGCCCUCAUUAAGGAGGGACAGAACAACUUCCAGUUCAAGAAUGAAGAAUUAAUGAAAAUUAACUUUUUAGAACAUAUCAGAAAAAUGCAUAGAAUUUGUUUCCUAUUUGUUUGUACUGUUGGGACACUUUGACCUUAUAUGUUUGAAGAGUAAUAUAUGGACUGUAAAUAUUUAUUUUUCUGUAAACUAAAUCUUUGGUCAUUAAAAAAAUAAUAUAAUUAAAGAAAACAAUGCAAGUUCUGUAAAAUUUGUACAGCGUGAAGUGACAGUAAUACUGUGUCUUUGAUGUGGAUGAUUAAAUGAUGAGGAUGCAGACUUUUAACUGCAGCUUUUUGCAUCGUUACAACACAGUUAGCCAGAUACAAUGUAUUCAGAUGACACCUUUUUGCAGGGUUAUUGGUCAUUAUCAAACUAGUUAGCGAGAAAAACUAAACAAAAUGUCAGCUGCAAACAGUUUGACUUAGUCCUGCAAUUAAUGUUUAUUACCCACCAAUCCUGAACAGCCGAUACAUUUGUGGUCAUUAACUAAAGUGUAAUGGUCAUCAACUGUCUACUUUGUGACAAUACUGGUAUUUCGAAGCCCAUAAUUUGGCUGAAAAUGCAAGUGUUCAUAUUCUGUAGUCUGUUUUCCCUUACCUUAAUCCAAACAUAUCAUCUCUGUGACACUUAAACAUAACCCAAGGCCAACAGGAUCUCCUGAGACUGAAGUUACAGCUCAUGUCACAUAAAUACAGUGCAACACUUUGCCCUAAAUUCAAAGCUUAAAAGCCUGCAGCAACAGUGACUAAGGACAUUGCUAUGCUGAAAAUGAACCGGUUUGCUAAAAAAAACCUAGCCCUAUAAACCUGUAAUGAUCUGUUCUCACAUGUCAGACUGGAUAUCUCCCGGUGCGUCCUGAAAGCAAUCAAUGCGAAGUAUGACAUGCAAAUAAAAAACACCAUAAAAGAGUCAGUCAUCCCUCAGGGUUAGGUUACCUCCAUAGGUCAGUUUAGUUCAAUAUCAAAAUAAAGACAGACAUCACAGUUUUAAAACAGUUCCUUGGUUAUUUAUUUGCAUGAUAGUAAUGUUAGCGUCUCCUCUUCAAACUCAGUCCGUCCAAGAUUUAGCAGUUUUUCUGAUUAUUGCAAGCAAACACAUUUUGAUUCUGAAGUAACCUCUUUAUAAAAAAAAAAAAAAAAAAAAAAAAGAGUCUUUUUGCAGAAUCCACUGUCAUUUUAUGAUAAAAGUGCUACAUUUAGGGAGAACGAUGAUUGAAUGAACAACGUUGCAAUGGUC